AGGUCGCGCAUGCGCUCCUGGAAUGGCCCCUUCCGAUCAGACUGAUCAACGAAGCACGUGUCUGUUAUCGGACAGUCAACCAAAGCUAUAUAUACCUGUAAGCAUCCCUGAAUAAAACACACCUCUUGUUCUUGUUGCAUCCAUGCUGGUGGUCGUCACUGCGCACCGGAACAUGGUGUCAGAAGUGGGAUAGAAUUGCUCAAGCAGGAACGCAUCGAAAGACGGGCGUCUCAGUGAACCGACAAGAUGGAUUUAGUGAAGCCGCCGCAACCACUGGUGCUGUCCGGGAACACCGCAAGGAAUUGGUGCCUGUUCAAGCAGAGAUUCGAGCUGUUCUUGCAAGCAACAGAAACGGCGAAAGCACCGAGGUCCGAGCCAGCCAAGACUGCGCUCCUGCUCACCAUUGCCGGAGAGGACGCCCUAGAGGUAUUCAACAAUUUUUCGUUUUCGGACGACGAAAGUAAAGAGGAUUAUGGAACAGUGACUGGAAAGUUUGAAGAAUAUUGUCGGCAACAGCAAAACGAGGUGCAUGAACGGUAUGUCUUCCGUACAAGGACUCAAGCGGAGGGGGAGCCUUUUGAGCAUUUCGCUCGAGACCUGAGGAAGCUAGCCCAAAGUUGCAAUUUUGGGGACCUAAGUGAUUCUAUGGUCAGAGACCAGAUUGUUUUCGGCACCGUUAACCCGGAAUUGCGAAAGAAGUUGCUGAAGGUCAAGGACCUUACAUUGCGCAAAGCCGAAGAAAUCUGCAAGGCGGAAGAAGUAUGUGCCGAGCAAAACAAUGCAUGGGUUCAAGCAGAAAACCAAGUGGCACCAAUCGAAAUGCGCAGUUCGAAUGUUCAGCGUGAUCAGUGCAAAUGUCUGGCACGCGAGGAACUUGCCUCAGGCUCCGAGCAAAGUUACGCUCAACCGGAAACGGAAGUAGCGCAGAUCAAAACAAAGAGGCAAUUCAAAUGUUCCAAGUGCAACCUCAUCCACGAACGUAGAAGGUGCCUAGCCUUUGGAAAAACAUGUUUCUCGUGCUGUGGGGCUAACCACUUUUCGGCUUGUUGUAGGAGAGGUCCUCAAAUAAGCGCUGUGAGGGACGCGCACGCGGAUUUUGAAAUCCUGGAUGUUGGCGUGGGCAACAAAGCUGAUUGGGUUAUCGACGUCCAAGUCGCGUCCCAACUGGUGUCUCUGAAGGUAGACACGGGCUCGCAAGCCAACUUGCUGCCUUACACCAUUUUUCAAAGGCUUAAGGUGAAUCAAUGUUUGAAGACAAGCCCCUCUGUUCUGCGCUCAUACAGUGGCAACGUCAUCAAGCAUAUCGGCGUGGCUACGCUACCAGUGACUGUGAACAACCGGAGCCAGUACUUUGACUUUUUUAUCGUCAGGAAGAGCAACCAAGCCAUCCUUGGGCUGUCGGCGAGUGAAACUUUGGGACUGGUGUCGCGUACUGUGGAUUCUGUUCACAUGAACAGUACUGACCAAAUGACGAAGGAAUUCCCAGAGUUGUUUCAGGGUAUCGGCUGCCUGGCACGCCCGUACCACAUGGUCCUACGGGAGGAAGCAACGCCGGUGGUCCAGCCGGUGCGACGGGUGCCCCUGGCAUUGCGCGAGCCUCUCCGAGAAGAGUUGGACCACAUGGAACGUGCAGGCAUUAUCGUCAAAGUCAGCGAGCCGACGGAUUGGGGAAAGAACUGCUCCUGGCUGACAUGCUAUCCAGAUCGUCGCCUGUCUCUCCCCGCAGCGUGGAUAGCUUCACAGAUGACGUCGACAUACAUGCAGUGGGCGUGGCUUCAGAAUUGGUGAGCAAAAAAAUGUUAGACAGACUAGCAGAAGCAACAGCCGCUGACCCAGACUUGCAAAUUGUGUUGCGCUGCCUUAGGAACGGCGAAGAAAUUAGUGGCGCGAUGAAACCGGUUUCCCCUGAGUUAUCAGAAGUACAAGGCAUGGUGAUGAAGGGAUCAAAGGUUGUUAUGCCGAAGCUCAUGAGAGCUGAGAUGCUCACUCGUAUUCACGAAGGACACUUAGGCAUAAUUAAGUGCAAAGCAAUUGCCCGACGCUUGGUGUUCUGGCCAGGACUGAGCGGGGACAUCGAAAAUUUGGUCAAGUCGUGCGCCGUUUGUCAGAAAUACGCAUAUAAGCAGCUCAGCGAACCGAUAUUACCUCGACAGAUCCCAGAACAUGCCUGGUACCGUGUUGGGGUUGAUCUCUUCAUGUACGGCGCAUCCUCCUACUUAUGUGUGUUUGAUGCAUUCUCAAAUUUUCCGGAAGUCGAGAAACUAGCUGACACAAGUACUGUCAUAAGUAAACUUAGUGCAGCUUUUGCACGAUACGGAAUUCCCAUGGAAGUCUGCACCGAUAACGGUCCGCAGUUCUCAUCCCAUGAAUUUGCCCUGUUCGCAUCCAGAUACGACUUCAAACACGUGACGUCAAGUCCACGGUUCCCGUAGUCCAAUGGUCUCGCCGAGAAGGGUGUCCAAAUCGUCAAAAGGAUCAUGAAGAAAGUGAAACGAGGGAGGUCUUCUGGCUGGGUCUACUCUCCUAUCUUUCCGCCCCUCUUGAAGACGGCCGCUCCCCAGGAGAAUUGCUUCAGGGCAGAAGGUUACGUACGCGACUGCCAGACUUCUGGGCGUGCCCCAGGAAACAAGCACUUAGGCGCCAACCUCGGCAAUUGGCAAGCAGGAAACCCCUACCCGAACUCCAGAAAGAUGCAGUAGUAAGAGUACGGGGAGACACGUGGGACCACAAGGCUCGAGUCAUGGACCUGGUAAUGCCGAGGUCCUAUCGCGUCGCUACAGAGGACAACCAAAUACUCCGACGCAACCGGCAACACCUUCUAGCCACACGUGAGCUUUUCCACGCGGACUUGGGAGAAGAUGAAUCCGAGAGCGAGGAGGUUUCCCAGGCGACGAUGUCUAGGAGGGCGUCGCCAUCAGAAUCAACUGCAACUACGCCAUUUCAAGCAAGGACAGCUGCUUCACAGUCAACAAUGCUGCCCACGCAAGCGGUGCCAAGGCGAUCCACCAGGCAAAGACAGCAACCCAAUCGUCUGCACUACGGCCGCGAUUUUAAACAAGUCUCGUAUCUUACUCUCAACUUAUAACAUUAUCCCGGGGGAAGAUGUAUCGUCAGGUCGCGCAUGCGCUCCUGGAAUGGCCCCUACCGAUCAGACUGAUCAACGAAGCACGUGUCUGUUAUCGGACAGUCAACCAAAGCUAUAUAUACCUGUAAGCAUCCCUGAAUAAAACACACUUCUUGUUCUUGUUGCA